AUGGUAUCAAACAUUAUUAGAGUGAUUCACACGCAACCCAGAUUCAUUUCUAAUAACACUGCUUCUAGAAUCUUCCAUCUCCGUCGACAUUCAAUUUCUAUUAUGGCAACUUCUCAAGACUCAUCUUCAACCAAAACGGAGAGGGUGGUGGUAAAGGGAAGGGUGCAGGGAGUAUUUUACAGGAACUGGACAGUGGAUAAUGCGAAUGAAUUGGGGCUAAAGGGAUGGGUUCGAAACCGGAGGGAUGGUUCUGUGGAGGCUCUGUUCUCAGGGAGUUUUGAUGCGGUGAAGGAAAUGGAGCAGAGGUGUCGUCGUGGUCCGUCGGAAGCUGUUGUCACUGGGCUAGAGGUUUUCCCCUGCGGUGAUGAAGAUGAUCCUGGUGCUGGUUUCCAACGCAAACCAACUGUUUGAUUUUAUUCUUCAACCAGUACUCGUGAUUGUGAGUUCCCUUGAUAUGCAUGAUCUCUACAUUAUUAGGUCUGUUUGGAAAUACAUGUUUUUAUUGUAACGUUGGAUUGCGGUAGUAACUAAUGUACAUGUUCUAUAAUAAUCUUAAAACUUCAAUAAUUUAAUGGUGUGCUGCGUAAAAACGUCGUCCCAAUGUUGGAUUCUCACAUAUGUCGGACACUUGACACAUCUUCAGUUUCUUCCUAUUGAACAAUGUAAUGUUUUCACUUGAUUGAAGUAGGGUAAUGGAUGAUAGAUUGAUAGUA